CAAACAUGUCGCAGAGCUCACCGUCCUCCGCGCCGCCCUGCUGACCAGAAGAGUCAUCUCGGCCGUCACGGAAAUCUCCAAGCACGAUGCGACGCCCGUGACCAUGGCCGACUUUGGCGCCCAGGCGCUCAUCAUGGCGAGCCUUCACGAAAUCUUCCCCAGAGACAACUACGUGGGCGAGGAAGACGCAGGGACGCUGCGCAAGGACGAGGCGCUGGCGGCGACCGUCUUUGAGCUUGUGCGCGAGACCAGCUACGACUUUGCAAAGCACGAGUCGGUCAAUGCCGACGAGUAUCGGGCCGUGAUUAGCCUGCCGGGCGUCAUGUCGCAGGCCGACAUGCUGGACUUGCUGGACCUGGCUGGGCGCGGGACGCCGAGGUCCACGGGCAGAUACUGGGUCAUGGAUCCUGUCGACGGCACGGCCACGUUUCUCAAGGGCCAGCAGUAUGCCAUUUCGCUGGCGCUGAUCGACAACGGCAAGGAGGAGCUGAGCGUCGUGUGCUAUCCGAACCUCAGCCUCGACGACGGCGUGGUGUCCGAGACGGGCGUCGACACCACAGGUUGCGGCGUCAUGUUGUCGACGAUCCGCGGCGAGGGCACCGACUACCGCAAGCUGUCGACGGAGUACUAUCUCGGGCCGGCCAGAAAGCUGGAUCGCUUCUCCGCGCCGGUGAGCCUUGCGGACCUGCGUCUUGUCGACUGUCUGGCCAGCAAGUCGUCUCGUCUGGACAUCGCCGAGGGCCUGGCAAGGCAGCUUGGCGCGCUGCCCUUCCCCGGCAUCGAUCUGUGGUCUUCGCACGUGCGAUAUGGAGCCCUGAUGCUCGGCGAGGGACAGGAGGGGAAGCACAUCAUGAUUCGCGUGCCUGUUGGCGCCCGCAGCGAUCCUUCUCGCGCCUACAUCUGGGACCACGCCGGCUCGCAGCUCUUGUACACGGAGAUGGGCGGCAAAGUGACGGAUCUGGAGGGCAGGGAGAUUAAUUUUGGUGCGGGCAGGACGCUGGCGGCCAACUGGGGGCUUGUGGCUGCGCCGGAGAGCGUCCACGGGGAGAUUUUGAGCUUGGUCAGGGAGAUGAUUGCAAAGGACUCGAGCCAGUAGAGCAACAAGACGGCUGCUGUUCUAGAGAGCCAGAGACGGCGAAGCAGAGAGAAAGACAAGAGAAGAGAAGAGAAGGAGAAGAGAUGGAGAAGAGAAGGAGAAGAGAAAGUUGGAUCACUAUCUCGCUGUCAAGGCGACUGCUGACCCAUUUCUUUCAUACUCAUCAAAACAACUAUUAUUAUCGCCAUUAUUCUCGAAUGCUAAGUUUGAGAUGCAAAUCUCACCAUCCCCAUACCAUAUGUCUGUCUAUUUUAUAUACACGCCUCCUCCCCCUCUCUACAUCAAGCUACUCCUGCCCCCAAUCUCCAUGCUUCCCUGCCCGUCCUUCAUCUGCCCACUGCGUCCCACCACAAACUCGUGAUAGAUCUUCUGCAGCCUCGCCUUCUCGUCCUUGCCGAUACUCGCUCGGGUGCUCUCCAGCGCCUUUGUGAGGUGAGACCAGCCGACCACCACUUCUCGCUGGUCGGCAGACUCCUUGCCCUCCGUCUCGUCCACGCCGGGACCUCUGCGGGCUUCCUUGGCCUUUCGUCGCGCCACCUUGAUCUGCUCCAGCUUGGACAUGAUGGCGGCGUUUUCAACCAGCGCGGCAGAUCUGCUCUUGGCUGCCACUGGGGCCGUCGUCUCGCCGUCGGCGCCGUAGCGGAACUGCACAAAGCUUGUAGCUGAUCCGCCUUUGCUAUCCUUGCCGCGCCGGGUCGUAGAUGCCGGGCUGUUGAUGUCUCCUAGCACGUCGUGGAUGGCCUCGAGCUGGGCGUUGGACACUAGCGCCUGUAGAUCGGCACCUGAGUAUCCCUCCGUCUUUUCGGCAAUCGAUCUCAGUGCCUCUUCCGACUCGGUCAGCUCACUCGAUAGCCGGACCUUUUGCAGCAUCGCCUUGAUAAUGUCCACGCGGUCAUCGACCGUAGGCAUAUCGCACAGCAACGACUUGU